UGUUUGACCAAAGCGGUAAGAUGAAAUGCCUUCUGGUCCUCCUUGCCAUCAUCACCUUGUCUGAAUGCACGGUCAGAAGGGUGCAGCUGUUCAAAGGGACGAAGCUGAGAACUGUGCUGAAGGAGCGUGGCUUGCUGGGAGACUUUCUGAAGAAGCACCACUAUUCCCCUGGCUCCAAGUACCGGCACCAUGCUCAAACUGCCAAGGUUGCAGAUGAGCCCUUGACAAAUUUCCUGGAUACUCAGUACUUUGGGAAGAUUCACAUUGGGACUCCACCCCAGGAGUUCACUGUGGUGUUCGAUACUGGUUCUUCUAAUCUUUGGGUCCCCUCAGUCUACUGCAACAGCGCUGCUUGCCAAAACCACCACAAAUUCUCCCCCUCUAAGUCUUCCACCUUCCGAAGCACCGAGGAACUUUUGUCCAUCCAGUAUGGUACUGGCAGCAUGGAAGGAGUCCUGGGCUAUGACACUGUCAUUGUCUCCGAUGUUGUAGACCAUGACCAGAUCUUUGGCCUGAGCAUCCAAGAGCCUGGUGACAUCUUUACCUAUUCUGAAUUUGAUGGGAUCCUAGGACUGGGUUACCCCUCCCUGUCUGUGGAUGAGGCCACCCCUGUAUUUGACAACAUGAUGAAAAAGCACUUGGUUGCCCAUGACCUCUUCUCUGUUUAUCUGAGCAGGGAUAACCAGAAGAGCAUGCUCAUCCUUGGGGCCAUAGACCCAUCCUACUACACCGGCUCCCUCCACUGGGUCCCUGUCACUGAGCAGGGCUACUGGCAGUUCUCUGUGGACAGAAUCACUGUCAACGGCCAGGCGGUGGCUUGUGCUGAUGGUUGUCAGGCCAUCUUGGACACUGGCACCUCUAUGUUGGUGGGUCCGAGUUCUGACAUCCUCAACAUCCAGAAUGUCAUCGGAGCCACUGAGGAUCAAUAUGGAUUGUUUGACAUCAAUUGCAGCAGCCUGAGCUCCAUGCCUACAGUUGAGAUUCAUAUCAAUGGCAGGAAGUUCCCUCUCCCUCCCUUAGCCUACACCAGUCAGGAGGAAGGACAGUGUACCAGUGGCUUCCAGAGUGAUGGCAGUUCCCUGCUGUGGAUCCUGGGAGAUGUCUUCAUCCGACAAUAUUACAGCGUCUUUGACAGGGCCAACAACCGUGUGGGGUUGGCCACCGCGGUCUGAUGGAGACAUUGAAUUCAGCCAGCCUCACUCAACUUUACCCCGUUGAUUAGACCGUAUCUCAGAGAGAAAACUUGGUGCCCCCAGAG